AUGGGGGAUUGUGAUGGCGAAUGGGAGGUAGCGGUCUCAUUUGUUGGUCGUUUGCGGUUGGGGGAUUCUAGCUAUGCUCCUGAAAGUAAUCACCCCCUUCGACAAUGGUCUUCAGGUUUGAUACACUUGGUUGACUCCCUGAAUAGUUGUCAUGAUAUAUUAUCUGGUGCAGCUGACGAUAGCUUAUUGGCAGCUGGUACUGCUAAUUCACUGAUGUCCGUUGACGAUGCUGUUCAGUCUGUUUCUCAGUGUCUUCGUGCAUCUUGUCGUAUACUGAGAAAACCUGGUAUAGUCGACAAAAGCGUGCACCAGGAAGUUAAGCCAAUAAUUAAUUUAACAAAACUUUCAAUUGUGUGUGACAAUCUUGUCAAACGCAUUCGGAAAUUGUCCUCCACAAAUAUCGUAUCUAAGAUGUGCUGUGAUACUCCAGACAGACCCGCAAUUGCAGGAGGAAGUGUUCGAGGCAGGGCAGCCUACAAACUGAUACGCUUAUUACUUGUAACAGAAUCCGAGCGUCUGCGGAGUAAUUCAGUUGAAUUCAACAAUUCAACUUCCAGUCCUGUUUUACAGAAUAAUGAAUUGCCCAAUAAGGACGACUGUUCAACUACACCGUUAAGUCAGCUGUCGAAGUCCGAUACACCCACCACAGAUGGUCGGACAUGCAGAUUACUUCAAAUGUUCAUAUCACCGUCUACACCACUAGUAAAUAAUUUAAAGCCGGUUGUCAGAAAUAUUCCUUCUCCACAGGAUCGAAUGAAUGAUGAGAAUGGUUUUGUCCCGAUGCCUAAAAGAAUUGUUAUGUCGCGCUACCAGUCUAAUCCAUACUUGUACAAAAAAAAUUGUUCACCAUUGGUUAUGCAUUCUUUUUCUAUUGAUGAAGCGAAGUCAUUGCCAUGUUGGAAUAUACUGAAUGAAGAUUCACAGUCGAAUGCAUCUUUUACUAAAGAAGACAAGGACUUAAACAGUGGUUAUUCUGAACCUGGGACACCAACGAAAUUAUUCAGAAAACAAAACAGACGAUCGAGGGCCUUAUUCACAGAAGAAAAUUCUGAGAGUGAUGCUAAAACGGCACAGUGCAACACACUUUUCAACAGUAAGGUGACUUCUAAUCAAAUAGCGAAAAGCGGAGGUAAACAGAAUACUAAGAAGUUAACAAAUCCAAAGAGACGCUCGAAAACUGUUCUACGCACUGUUUCUUCAAAUAAACAGCGAUCUCUGUUAGAAUUUUUCAAACCAUAG